AUGGAUGCCGGCCGGCGAGUUGAAGUUGCAACCGAUAAGAGCCAUAUCAAGGCAAUAGCAAUCGUCUGUGCGACUAUGGAAAAGAAUACUGAAGUAUUGUCUUUCAAAGAUCAGGAAAAGGAGAAGGAGCAAGAGAGACCUUGGUGUGAUCUCCCUCUUGACCUUCUAAGUUUAAUAAUAUCUAAUCUCUUUGCUGGAGAUUGUAGUGCCUUCAAUAUGAUGGAUGCCGGCCGGCGAGUUGAAGUUGCAACCGAUAAGAGCCAUAUCAAGGCAAUAGCAAUCGUCUGUGCGACUAUGGAAAAGAAUACUGAAGUAUUGUCUUUCAAAGAUCAGGAAAAGGAGAAGGAGCAAGAGAGACCUUGGUGUGAUCUCCCUCUUGACCUUCUAAGUUUAAUAAUAUCUAAUCUCUUUGCUGGAGAUUGUAGUGCCUUCAAUAUGGUCUGUAAAUCAUGGCGACCAAUUACUCCUGCCAUUAGACCACUCCCACCUCCUAUUGGUUCCCCGCAUUGCCAGUCUCCAUGUCUUUUGUUCUUCCAAAGAAGUAGCCACAAAUGCAAAUUGUUUCAUCCUCUGUAUAAUGACUUCUAUCAUAUGGAGCUCCCAGAGAUAUUAGAUGCAAAAAUGCGCUUCUCAAAGUACGGUUGGUUGUUGAUGUCCAGAGAAGACCUAAGUGUGUUUUUCUUCAAUCUCUCCACGAAAGUGACGAUAGAACUUCCCAAGAUGCCAUCUCCUUUUGGAUUUGCUACAAUGUGUUUUACCUCUCCACCAACUUCCUUGGAUUGUGCAGUUGUUGGGUUUAAUGGCAUUGGCAUCAUUGAGAUUAGCAUUAUUAGACGUGGAGAAGACAGUUGGACUACCCACGAAUUUAGUAAAACUCGGGAGGAAUUCUACUUCUCUGAUUGUAAUCCUGUAUUUCACAAAAGAAUGUUCUAUUGUUUGGGUGUGAAUGGGAAUGUGGGGAUAUUUGAUCCCAGGGACGAUGCACGCCGCCGCUGGACUAUUCCUGUUAAGUGCCUUACACAUUGUGGACCCGAUUUGCCCGACAAGCUCGGUUUGCCUAAGCAGAGCUUCUUGGUGAAAAUAGGGGGAGUGAUUUCAGCCGUGUUUGUUGCUCAUGAAGAGAGACAGGUUUGUGUUUAUAGGUUAGAUCAAUGUCGGAUGAUUUGGCGAACAGUAUAUACGUUGGGUGAUAAAAUGUUAUAUGUUAGUCGCUGUGCGUCUUUUUCUGAAACGGCUAUUGUGAAAGGAACGGCUAACAAGAUCUACUUUCCGAAAUUCCAUGGCAUGAAUGGUGUUUUUUACUCUCUCACUACCAAGAAGUUCCACUCCUUAGAUGGUGAUUUUUCUAGCCCAAUGUCCUAUGGACUGAAACAUAUACAGUUUAGCACUUGGUUUAAACCUAGUUUUGAGACAAAGUGCAAUGAAAAAUUAGAAUGGUGA